GUUGGCAGUCCGCUAGCUGGGGUUUUGACUAGAUUGGAUACAGUUUUUUCAGAUUUGACUUUUCGUAGCAGGUUAGGAGAAUGUACACAGCAGGUUAGGAUAAUUAACGUAGCAGGUUAAGAGAAUUAGGUUACGAUUAGGAAAAAGGUCAGAUUUAGCUAAAAUGGCAAAAUAAAUACACGACGUUAAUUUGACAAAAGCUGUAUCCCUUCUAGCCAUGACCAAUUACUGGGUGAAAGGUGAUGAGAAGCGCUGGAUUCACCACGAGCGGGGCAACAACACACAACUACCGCAAGCGCCUUCCUCCGCAGUCUAGUCUAGACAAUAUCCGCAACAUUAUUUUUUAUUUUGCAUGGACGACUGAAGACAACUUUUCACAUAUUGGAAUUCGCAAAAUACUAAAGUGACAACAUGGCCAACCAGGUGUCAGAGUCCCCCGCUGAGCGGACAUUUCAGUACCAGCAUAGACUGCCUCCUCUCCCUGUACCGUCUCUAGAGGGGAGCCUCGCCAAGUACCUGGAUGCAGUGCGGCCGUUUGCUACAGAGGAGGAGUACCAGGUGACUGCGGCCAUAUUGAAGAGGUUUGGAGAGGGCAUCGGCAAAGACCUGCACCAAAAACUACUGCAGAGAGCCAGGACUCACAGGAACUGGUUGGAGGAGUGGUGGCUGGAUGCAGCCUAUCUGGAAUUGCGUUACCCCUCCCAGUUGAAUGUGAACUUCGGAGGUCCUGCACCCUACCUAGAGCACUGCUGGCCCCCUACAGAGGGAGUACAGCUACAGAGGAAUAGCAUAAGCAUGUGGCACACUCUACAAUACUGGGACCUGCUCCGCACGGAGAGGCUGGACCCUCAUAAGAACGGUAAUGUGGUGUUGGAUAUGGACCAGUUCAGAAUGCUGUUCUGUACAUGCAAAGUUCCUGGAGUCACCAAGGAUACCAUCAUCAACUACUUUAAGACAGAGAGCGAGGGUCCAUGCCCCUCCCAUGUGGUGGUGAUGUGUAAGGGCCGUUUCUUCUCAUUUGAUGCAGUGUGUGACGGACACAUUCUUACCCCUCCAGAGCUGCUCAGGCAGCUGACCUAUGUGAAGCAGUGUUGUGAGGGGGAGCCAGCAGGAGAUGGAGUCGCCGCUCUCACCUCAGAGGAGAGGACACGCUGGGCUAAGGCCAGGGAGUAUCUGAUAGGUAUAGAUCCAGCCAAUAAGACCCUCUUAGAGACCAUCCAGAGCAGUCUGUUUGUGGUCUCACUGGACGAUGCUAAACCCUACGCUACUGCAGAGAACUACACACCGUUGACCCGGGAAGCGCUGAUAGGAGACCCCACCAUCCGCUGGGGAGACAAAUCCUACAACUCCAUCUCCUUCGCCGACGGAACCUUCGGAUCCAACUGUGACCAUGCCCCGUAUGAUGCCAUGGUUCUGGUAACUCAGGGUUACUAUGUGGAUCAGCAGCUCAAAGCUACAGACGGCAAGUGGAAGGGCUCUGAGACAGUGCGGCCUAUGCCUCUUCCUGAAGAGUUGGUCUUCACUGUGGAUGACAGAGUCAGGAGUGACAUUGCACAUGCCAAGCAACAGUACUUUGAGACUACCCAGGACUUGCAGGUGGUGUGUUAUGCCUUCACCUCGUUUGGGAAAGCAGCUAUCAAACAGAGGAAGCUCCACCCAGACACCUUCAUACAACUGGCCCUUCAACUGGCUUAUUACAGACAGCAUGGGAGGUCAGGUAGUUGCUAUGAGACAGCGAUGACCAGAAGGUUCUACCACGGCAGGACUGAGACCAUGAGGCCCUGUACCCUGGAAGCACAGAACUGGUGCCGCAUCAUGCUCAACCCUGUAGCCAGCGCUGAGGCUAAGAGGAAAGCCCUGCUGCUGGCCUUCAACAAGCACAACAAACUGAUGGCCGAGGCACAGAACGGAAAAGGUUUUGACAGACAUCUCCUGGGCCUGUACCUGAUCGCCAAGGAGGAGGGACUUCCUAUGCCAGACCUUUUCACUGAUCCACUGUAUUCAAAGAGUGGCGGGGGCGGUAACUUUGUCCUGUCCACCAGUCUGGUUGGCUACACCACAGUCCUGGGAGCGGUCGCUCCCAUGGUGCACCAUGGCUACGGGUUCUUCUACCGCAUCGGAGACGACAGGAUCGUGGCUUCCUGUUCAGCGUGGAAGUCCAGUCCGGAGACGGAUGCAGAGACACUGUUCCAGAACCUGGUUACUUCCUUACAUGAGAUGCUACAUCUCGCUACCACAGCUCAGCUGUAACACACACACAUAUACAGUUUCUAGAUGGUAGCCAAUAAUAGUUUAGUUUUGCACAGAUCAAUGCAAAGGCACUUUGAUUUUAUAAAUAAUAAUAAAAGAAAAUUAUUUGUUUAAAUGCAGUUCAACAAAUUAGUUUAAUUGACACUUUAAUGAAUGUAAUUCUCUGUGAUUUUAUUGUAGCAUCUAGAUUGGGAAUCCCUGUUUUCAAAAUGUAUAGAUUGAACUUCCUACCAUGAUUCUGUUUAGAUUUAGUCUGUUGUUUUUAUGUUGUGAGAAACAUUUAGUGUUAAGCCAUGCACUGUACCCCGCUAAGCUAACUCACCCUCACCAUAACACUUCCAGCCUGCAGUGACCACGUCACGUGUCACUGGUCAUUAGGGAUUCAUGAACAGUAUUAUUUUUCUAUAUUGGUUGGCUUUUCCAGAAGAGUGACUGAGGCAUUGAUGUUCUUGAUUGGUUGAAAUGAGUCUUUAGAACGUAACUGUAGCUGUGAAAUGGGAAGUGGAAAAACUGAGAGAAACAGGUAAUGUUAUCUUUGACUACUGUAUGGCCUCAUGGGUAUUUUAUAUAAGGGCCCUACUCAAAUCAAAAUUGUUUUCCAGUUUCCGGGGCAAGAAAAAUGAUAGUUUUUAUGUUUUGCACAUCACUAGAGGAUUAUGCAUUUGGAUGAGUGUCCCAUCAAUGAAAUGGUGUUAAAAGUUUGGGUGAGGCAGAAAGAAACCCAAGUAAAUUCAAAAGUGCCUUUUUGCUGUGUCCUUAUUUUAGUCUGUUCCCAGAGAUCUGGUUAGUGGUUUUGAUUGAUUGACUUCUUAGACUUCCAAAGCGGCUGAGUUACUACCACUCCUAUGCCAGAUCCAUAUGCCACCACCCUAUGCAAUAUGCCAUUCUAUGUAGAUGUCUGUAAUAAUGAGCAUUCCUGUAUACCUGUAUGUUUAUGUUUAAAUCUGCAGUGACUACUGUGGUAGUCAUGGAAUAGUCUGUUUUAUUUGUAGCAAGACAAACUUGGCUAAAGCAGAAACAGAUUGGCAUCUAGGCUUUGUUAUUUGAUUGAUUCACUUGACUAGUUUUCGCUCCAUUAAUCUGACUAUGUUUCUCUCCAUUAAUCUGAAGCUUUAUCAACAUCAUACUGACUGAAAUUUUCAACUACUCUGAUAUGGCUUUUCAUUGAAUAUUUACUUAUUUCACAUUCAAUGACACUGAAUGUAAUAACAUUGGGCCUGUUCGACAUUGCAGCCAACAGUGCAGUCACAAUUUACCCAUGAUACAUCACGGUUUUGAUGCUCUCGAACACGGCCAUUGUGUUAAUACCUUCAGAUAUUCUUGAGACCUGUAGAGAUUUUCAGCAUGUUUUUUUUGUAAAUGAUAGAAAUGUGAUCAAAGAAGAGCACUGCACUUGAUUCAAUCAAGUAGUGAAAAUUAUGUAGCCCACUUUACAGUAGGAGAAUUAUAGUAUUGACUUACUGACAAUGUAAACUUGGAAAAUGUUGAAUUGAAUAUGAAACUUCUUUAGUGUGAUUAAACUGAAUGAAUCAUGUCAUGAGCCCAAAUAUUCAAAUAAAAACAUUUAUUAAUGA